CGGCGUUUCACAUGGGUUGUAGAAACUGCAACAUAAAAUACUUGUACUAGAAUGAUAUCUAAAAACAACAACAUUUGUAAAAGACACACCACUCUCAUAUUAUUACUAACCACCCUCUUCUUCUUCUUUUGUGAUCUUAAUUAUCCACUUUGACAGAUUAUAAAUUAUUAAAAGAGCAAUGGGCAAAUGAUGGCAGCAACAGAAGUGAGGGCUGUGUGGCAUAGAACUGUUAAUCGUUGCUUUGUGCAAGAAGAUGCAAAAAGAGUUCCCAAAUUGGCUUGUUGCCAAUCAUCAAGAGCAACAUCAAAAUUGAAUGAUCUUGGACUUGCUAUUGUAGCUGAUGAAUCACUUCAGAAUGCUGCUUCUAUUAUGAAGAAAACAUGUAUGGAAGGAAUGCUAGAAGCAUAUAGUAAAAAGGCAUGUUCAGAAAUGACGAAACAUGAGACGAUGGAGGCUGAUUCUGUUGGUUGCUUAGUAUCCAAGCAAACAAAGGAUUUCUCCUUGGAUUCAGAUUAUUCUUGGAUUGAAGAUGACAAUGACCAGCCAUGGUGGAAAACUACAGAUAGAAAUGAAUUAGCUUGCUUGGUUUCGCGGAAAUCACUCAGUUAUGUUGAGAAUUGUGAUCUUCCUCCACCACGGAAGAAGUAUCUAGGAGAACAGCCAUGUGAUAUAAGUCAUUACAAUAUAAAACCAACAUGUUGUGGUUGUGAAGCAAAAUCCAGUGUCUCUUCUAUUUUCACUGUUCAGGCUAAGGAAAGUUUAGAUUCAGGAUUGAUGCUUGGAAAGCUUGAACCUCCAUCUAAUAAAGGGCAUUUAUAUUUUUCUUCUGACAAAUCUUCAAGUGUCGUGGCUGGUGUUCAUCUGUAUGGAUUUAGCUUGGACUUGCAUUUUUGUUGCAGUUAUACCACCAUCCAUGAGGGUAAAACAGAACAAGCUUUUGAGGGAGACCACACCAAAGCUCAACUCAUGGAAGCAUUAUGUCACUCUCAAACACGUGCGAGGGAAGCCGAGGAAGUGGCAAAACAAGCUUAUGCUGAUAAGGAACACAUCAUUGCACUCUUUUUCAUACAAGCUUCUCAACUCUUUGCAUACAAACAAUGGUAUAGAUUGUUACAAUUGGAAACUCUAAACACUGAGAUUAAGAAUGAGGACAAACCAAUAUCUACUAUCUUCCAAGAGACUCUUCCUUCGAUGUCCUACGAAUGUAUGAAGCCGUUGACGAGAAAGCGAAAAUUCGAUAAUGUUAAACAAGAAAAACUAAGGAAGCCAAUAAGUGAUGCAUCAACAUAUGCUGUUGCAUUUGCUUUAGGAUUGAGUCUUGUUGGAGCUGGUUUACUUUUAGGAUGGACUGUAGGUUGGAUGGUACCUCGAUUGUAAUUUUUUUGUAGGAUUUAGAGCAUAGUCUUGCUUUUCAUGAAGAUUGGUAAAUGGAGAAAGAAGUGUAUGUAGUUUUUGUAGAUUUUAGUCCUUAAUGUACAUUAUGUAAUGUGUGCUGACUAUGUAAAAAUAUGUUGAUAAAAAUGAUUAGAGUGAGAUACCUGUCUAUAGAUUUUAGGGAUGGAAAAAUUAUGUUAAUCAAAGUGGAAUUUAUCAUCA